UGUAAGACUGAAAAAUCCUCAAAUUUUACCAAGAGAAAAGGUGAAGAAGCUUACCAGCGUUGUGGAAGGCUGGGAGCACAAAAAACUGAAAAAGGGUUUUGGUGAGAGAUUUUUAGCCACUGGGGUCUGGAGUACUGGACUGUUGUGGCCGGUUUUCAAAUGCCAUAACAUCAUAUUGAAGAUUUUAGGCUACGAGCGACGUCGAAAACGUCGGAACCGUUUAGGUUUUGGGGGAUUCGGUGUUUUGAGCCACACUCCUGUGUGGGUUGGCUGGAAAAGAUUAAAAAUGGCACUCCUGCAAAAUUCACAAGUUGUGUUUCCCAAAUGUUUCGCCAUUUCAAAACCAUCAACCCCCAACUCUCUAUUUCUAAAACUGUCACUGUGUCCGAUGUUUCCUUCACUAUCAACGUCAAUUCCUGCCUUAUUCCCCACUCUUCGCCGCGACCCAUUUUCAUUCGUUCGCUGCAGCUGCAACUUCGGCUCCAAUUCUUCUGCGGAAUUCAACAUUUCUUCUCCAGCCAAAGUCUUCAUUAAAGGGCUUCCUCUGUCAACUUCUGGAGGACGCUUGGUUAAGGCAUUUUCAGAGUUUGGUGAAGUUAGUCAAGUUAAGCUGCUCAUGGAUAAAGAAUCUGGGCAGUUCCUAGGUAUUGCAUACAUUUGGUUUGCGAAGGAAGAGUCUGCACAAUUGGCUGUGGAAAAGAUGAAUGGGAAGUUCUUCGAUGGCAGGUUUAUUGACGUCAGAAUUUUGAAGGCUGGAUCAUCAAAAAAUCGGAGGAACACAGCUCCAUACAAGUUUUGAUGUUGUGGACUACAUUUCUAUGCCAAAGAGUAAGUGUAAAUGAUUUGUGAAGAACAGAUUUAGUUUGUGAGGCCAAUUUUUAGCUUUUGCACUGUGGUGUAUUGUUUGAUAUUAGGCACUUUUAGUCUUGAUGUAAUCUUGUCUGAUCAUUGGAAUAGAUAUUAAUUAGAACAGUAAAAGAAUGAAAAUUGGUACAAUAUAUACUUCAUGUUUGUUGUAUGACCUUUUAUAUAAUUUAUUUUCAGGAA